UCGCGUCACGCCCGCGGUCGAGUGUAGACGUGUGUGUAUCUGACAGUUGCCCGUUGCGGCCCGCGCCUUGUUCAUCUCGUCAUGCAGCCGGUGCGAAGCUGGCCGCAGUGAGAACCACAUUUUCAGUUCGUGAAGUGAAAAAACAGAUGCCAGAUGCACGCGGUGGGCCUGCACUCCGCCCUGGCCAUCCGCCGCGAGCGUCGGCGCCGCGCCGAGCAGCAGCGCGCUCGCGAGCGCCGCACUCGCUGCAGUCCACCGAGUCCGGCCUCACCUCGCCGCUGCUCCACCGGUAGCCUGGAGCGCCGCCGCCGACGUCGUGCUGGCACUGCCGACAACGAGGUCGUCUCCUCGGUGGGCAUGCUACACCUUGGCGUCGUGUUCCUCGUGCUGGGCGUGUUCCUCGUCGCAUCCGGCUGGUUGCCCGAUGACGUUACCGCCUGGAGCAGCAUCGGCUCGGUGAGCUGGUUCAACGAGCUCGUCUGCUCGGGACUGUUCGCGCUCGGAAUCGGCAUCUUCCUGAUUGCGCUGCACAAGUACCUCACCAAGAGCGAGGAGGAAGCGCUCGAGGACUACGUGCAGAAGCAGUUGACGCGCUCGCGCUCCGGCCACAGGCUCGAGCGCGAUGCGGAGACGGGCGGCAUGCACACCAAGCAUACGCGGCGCGCGCGCGCCACGGAAGUGCUGCCCGCGCCCGACGCCACGCACACCGAGACCUACGUUGAGCCGCCGGCGCACGGCUUCGUGAACGCGCUGGCGGGCAACGGCGACCUGCCGCCGCCGCUCGAACAAAUCGCAGAGGAGGAGACGUCGCUGGCAUCGGAGGCAGAGCGCCGUCGCGGCUACACCCGCGACUCGUGCUCGCAGGCCUCCGCCGCCGCCAGCCUCAGCCCCGGCUCGCCCUCUGACACACGGGAGCUGCUCGCCGACCCCCGCUAUAUGAUCAUGUCGCGAAUGUAGGCGCCCCCCCCCACCCCACCUUGCUCGCUCCUCACUAGCCCUCGCCCCGCCCGCCUAGCGCCUCAUGCACCAUCACUGUAGUCUACUUAACCUUUUACACUUCGGUUCUAAUGAAGCCUUAAUUUCACUUUAGAAUAAAUUAUAAAAAGAAUGUGAAUAUAGUAAUACCAAAGCAACUUUUAUAAGCAGACAAGCGAAUCAUUGAAAAUUUAGUUAUUAUUUCGCUAUAAAAUCGAAAGGCUUCUCUAGUACUUUAACUUUUUUGAUCGCCUCCCUAUUUUAAUAUUUUUAACAGACGGACCAAAUCUAAGUAGAUUGUAGCCGUAAGUAAUUGAUGUAAUAGCCCUUUGUACUGAGAAGUCGAUAGUAAACACAAUCUGUAGCAAGUCUUUAUUACUUGACUUAUCUUAGUUUACUGUACGUCGUCAACAAACAUUUACUUGAUACAUUCUGUAUACAUUUGCUUGAGACUGAUUGUUACAUAUACUUUGUUUUUAUCUUAUUUCCUUACUAAAUAUAUAAGUGUAUUAUUAGAUUUAGCUUUCAUCAAGUUAUUUUACAUUGCACGACUCU